CGCCUCCCGUCAGGGAGCGGCGCGAACGGUGGCGGCUGGUUUGAACGCAACGGCGGUUGUGGUGCGGCGAGUGGCGACAUGGAGACGAGAAGGCGGUGUGACAGCGCUCGGAUCGCCGAAUCAGAAUGCCGAAGGCAACAACUUGAAGCCUAUCUCCAGAGAAAGGGGAAACUGAAGAUUCCGGGUCCUAAUGACAGAUACUAUUUGGGGGACAAAACUAAUCAGAAGCUACAGCAACGAAUUGCUCCAUUAAAAGCUGCCUUGGGGGGAAAUCGGAAGCAUGAUGCUCACACAAAACCAUCUAAGCUAAACAGUGUGAAGAACCCAACAUGCAUGAAUCAUUACGAAUCAGUAAUUUCUAGGAAUCAAGUUCAGUGUGAUUCAAAAUCCACACUCACUAAACAAGUUAUGACUGUUUUACUCCCUGUGGAGUCAAAGGAAUCUAUCGCUGAUCCAGUGACCCAAUCCAGACAAUGUGUGGGGGAUUUGCAACAUGAAGCUUCAGCAUGUGGUGAAUUUCAUUAUAACUCAAGCGACCAAGAAAAGGAAAAUAAACUCACAGUUGGUAAAGCUCAAAUUGUGGGACAGUCUUCAAACAGAGCUUUAAUUAAGCCGUUUACUUUACGAGCAAAUAAUACUCAAGACUGCAAAUUAAAGAAUACUGCUUCAGACAAUCAAUCAUGGGCAAUUGGUACUGACAAUAUAGCCAGGGCCGCCCUGGGAGCAGCCAGGCUCGUGGGUGCGCCCAGGGCCGCCCCGGGAGCAGCCAGGCCCGUGGGUGCGCCCAGGGCCGCCCCGGGAGCAGCCAGGCCCGUGGGUGCGCCCAGGGCCGCCCCGGGAGCAGCCAGGCCCGUGGGUGCGCCCAGGGCCGCCCCGGGAGCAGCCAGGCCCGUGGGUGCGCCCAGGGCCGCCCCGGGAGCAGCCAGGCCCGUGGGUGCGCCCAGGGCCGCCCCGGGAGCAGCCAGGCCCGUGGGUGCGCCCAGGGCCGCCCCGGGAGCAGCCAGGCCCGUGGGUGCGCCCAGGGCCGCCCCGGGAGCAGCCAGGCCCGUGGGUGAGCUCAGGGCCGCCCCAGGAGCAGCCAGGCCUGUAGGUGACUCCAAGCCUGUAGGAGCCUCAACAGUGGCCCCCAGAGUGGUUAAGACAACCUCAGCAGCAGCUAAAUCUACAAGUACGGUGACAAUUCCGAAAGAGAAGAUGGAAAAGAUCUGUGGGAAAUUAAACAAGAGAGAACAGCAGUUUGCAAGUGUCAAAGUGGAGAGAUCUCUGUACAGUGCAAGCAUACAGAAUGGAUCUAAUUCUGCUGCCAGUAGGCCAGUGACAAUAUGGAAACCUUUUACAAGAUCUGCUCAAAAGUUGCAUUCAACCUUGGAGUCUCCUACAAGAAAUAUAAAAAGUAAAGGGGCAGUACAAAAUGUAAGUGGAUCUCCAAAAACAGUAAUGAGCACAGUUAAGCGGCGAGAUGUCAAAAGCUCUAACAUCAAGACACUGAAAGGAAAAGAUGAAAGAAGGAAGCAGCUUGAAGAAUGGUUGGCUUCCAAAGGGAAGACCUACAAACGCCCUCCCGUGCCAACCCCUUUUAAGAAAGUAAUAAAGUCCGUUAAGAAGAAUUUGGAGCAUUCUUUCUUGGAAGUAAUGGAAAGAGAAGAACAGAAAGACCUGGCAGAUCGGGUACAGGACAUGUUGGAUGAUUGCAUGAAGUUACUCGAAAGGGGUUCCUCUCCUGAAUACGUAUAUGAAGCACUGAAGAAUGUUCCAGAAGGUGAAAAAUUUGCCAAGUACUGGAUUUGCCAAGCACGUCUGCUGGAAUUAACUGACACAAUGGAGGCUGUCAUUGCCCUUUUUGAGAAGGCUGUUCACAGUGGUGCAGAGCCUGUUGAAGAGCUGCGGUCUGCACUUGUGGAAACCAUCAUGAGAAAUGCAAACUCUCACACAGCCUGUACAGAAAAAGAAGAUACUAAAACAGAAAGUUUUGAAGAGACUGCAGUUGUCACACCUUGUACAAAAGUGAGGCUUUUGUGUGGCAAAACAGAUGAGCGUGGUUCAUCCGUGAUCAAAUACAAAAUCACUGCAACACCUCAAGUGCUCAGAAUGAAUGAAUCUAUGAGACGAAUCCGAUCAACAGGUCACCAGGAUCUGAAGUUUCUCACCCCAGUCCGACGUUCAGUUCGCAUUGAGCAGAUUUCUGCUUCACACCCUGAGAUGCUGAGAGAACAUGACUGCUGUGUGACCUCACUGAAUGAACUUCUAGAUGAGGAAGAGGCUGAAACAUUUGUAUACAGAGAAAACCAGGCUCUGCUGGGAGAAUAACAGAAUUGUGACUGGAAUGCUUCAGAUGUUUAGUGCAUAACAUUCACAUUAGCUACCAGAUUAUUUGUACAUUAUGUAUAGAAUAAACUAUUGCAUUUGGUCAUCUCAAAGAUAAGCUACAUUUUAUUUUUAUUUUAGAGAUACAAUGCAGAACAGCUCCUUCUGGCCCAAUGAGCCACACCACCCAGCAACCCAUCUAUUUAACCCUGGCCUAAUCACAGAGCAAUCUACAAUGACCAUUUAACCUACUAACUGAUAUAUCUUUAGAAUACGAGAGAAAAUCAGAGCAUCCGGAGGGAACCAACUCAUUCACGUGGAAGAACAUAUGAACUUGUACAAACAACAUUGGAAUUGAGCUCCAAACUCCGAUGCCCCUAGCUGUAAUAGUGACAUUCUAACCGCCAAGCUACUGUUGUUGCCUAUAGAUGUGCUAACUUAUCUCCUUGGCUAAGCAAUCUCCUGAUUCCACAAAUACCAAUACUCUAUUACUGCUUGAUUUUUACUGUGAAAAGCUAAUUACUGGGUGGUAAGUUCAUAUUUCAAUCGAUAAACUUCCAAGUACUUCCUAUUGUUUCUCUCUGCUCUUCCACCCAUCACUGUAAAUAUACCUUCAUGUUGUUUUAUUUUUCUCAAGUUUUUCCUAUCUCCAUUGCAUCAAUAACAGCUUGUUAAAAUCCGAUUGGAUGACUUUCAAGGGCUCUGUGUAAUUCUGGGGUCAUUGAUAUCAUUUAUGGAAAUGAAGUAAACACAAGAGCUUCUGCCGAUGUUGGAAAAAAAGUGCUGGAGUAGUUCAGCAGGUCAUGAGGCAUCUAUGGAGAGGAAUGAAGAGCCAAUAUUUCAUGCUGAAACCUUUCACCGGGACUCCAUAGAUGUUGCCCAAACUGCUGAGUUCCUCCAGUAGUUUUUUGUGUGAAGUAACUCGUACCUGUUCACUGUGGCAUGUAAUCUGUGAAGCAAGGUUUAUUAGUUUGUACUUUCAUCAACUAUUUAACAUAUUCCAAAGCAGGAUAUUAGUAACAUUGCUUAUUAAACUUAUUCUCAUAUUUCACUAUGAUAUGGGAGGCUGCCAUUUGGCUCAUUGUGCCUACGUUAGUUCCAAUCAAUUCUAUUUCAUCUGUUUAUUCCUUCGUGAGAUAUUGUUUCUUGUCACUUCCCUCACCACGUCCACAAAUAGGGGUAGUUUACAAGUUCAGAUUGAUUUAUCACAUGUACAUUGAUGAUGUGUCAUUUGCAUUUACAGCCAACACAGCAAAUGUGCUUGGGGCAGUCCACAAAUGUUGCUACACAUUCCAGUGCCAACAAUGCAACAUGCCCACAAUGAACCUACCAACCAGCAUGUCUGAUAUAGGACGGAAUUGAUUUCCCCGGGUACUCCAAGGUGGUCACAGGGGCAAUACACAAGCUCCACAUGGCAGCACUAGAGAAUGGGAUCAAAGCUAGAUGACUAGAACUGUGAGCUAGCAAUACUAAAUACCAUGUGACCAUGCUGUCCUACUGAGCAUAUGAGGCAAGACAUGAUAUGUAUACACAGUGGCCGUUUUAUUAUGUAGGAGUGGAACCCAGUUUGGUCUUCUCCUGUUAGCCCCUUACUUCAAGGUUCGAUGUCUUGUGUAUUCAAAGAUGUUCUUCUGCACACCACUGUUGUAAAGCGUGUUUAUUUGAAUUAUUGUUGCCUUCCUGUCAGCUUGAACGCAUUUGGCCAUUCUUUUGAACUCUCAUUAUCAAGGCAUUUUCGCGCAUAGACUGCUCACUGGAUGAUUUUUUGUUUCUCGUAGUAUUCUCUGUAAACUCUAGUGCAGGGGUUCCCAACAUUUUUUUUAUGCCAUGAAACCUUACCAUUAACCAAAGGGUACGCGGAGCACAGGUUGGGAACCCCUUCUCUUGAGACUGCUGUGCAUAAAAAUCCCAGGAGAUCAGCAGUUUCUGAGAUGCUUGAACUACUCUGGCACCAAUAGUCAUUCCAUGGUCAGAGUCACUUAGAUCAUAUUUCUUCCCCGUUCUGAUAUUUGGACUGAACAAUAACUGAAUCUCUUGAUCAUUUCUGCAUGUUUUAAUGGAUUAAGUUGCUGCCACAUGAUUGGCUGAUUAGAUAGUUGCAUUAACAGCCAGUGUGCUAAUAAAGUGUGUGUACGUAUGUCUGUAAACCCAUCCACAUAGUUGAUUCUUAACUGCCCUUUGAACUUCCCAAGCAGUUCAAGCUAACUUGGAGUAGGUACUAAAUGCUAGUUCUACUUGCAUUGUCUAUACUCUAGCAAUAGGGAGGAAAUUAUGUAACCCUGCCAUUGAAGGAAUGGCACAAUUGCUGUAAAGUUUUUAAAACGAUAAGAACUAAACAUGUACAUAAUAAACUUGUGUAUAGGCACCAUCGUGUGCCUAAAAAUAAAAUGUUGCUUACUGAAAUGGCCUUGGUGAAAUAAAUGUGUUUGAG